AUGUUUGACCCGCAUGUAUUAGACUGCCCAGCGGUGAUUUUCGACAAUGGGUCCGGGCUUUGCAAGGCAGGACUGUCUGGAGAGAUUGGCCCCCGCCAUGUUGUCAGCUCCGUCGUGGGGCACCCCAAGUUCAAGACGCCUUUGACAGGGGCCAACCAGAAGAAGUACUUUGUGGGGGAAGAGGCCCUGCACAGGCAUGAGGUCCUUCACCUGCACUACCCCAUUGAGCGCGGCCUGAUCACAGGCUGGGACGACAUGGAGAAGCUCUGGAAGCACCUGUUCGAGUGGGAGCUGGGAGUCAAGGCCAAUGACCGGCCGGUGCUCAUGACAGAGCCCUCCCUGAACCCCAGGGAGACCCGGGAGAAGAUGGCCGAGGUGAUGUUCGAGAGCUUCGAUGUGCCCGCCUUCUACCUGUCAGACCAGGCCGUGCUGGCCCUCUACGCCUCGGCCUGCGUCACGGGCCUGGUGGUUGACAGUGGGGACGGGGUCACCUGCACUGUCCCCAUCUUUGAGGGCUACUCCCUGCCCCACGCUGUCACCAAGCUCUAUGUGGCGGGGAAGGACAUCACGGAGCACCUCACCCGGCUCCUGCUGGCCAGCGGGAGGACCUUCCCGUGUGUGCUGGACAAAGCCCUGGUGGACGACAUCAAGGAGAAGCUGUGUUAUGUGGCCCUGGAGCCCGAGAAAGAGUUGUGCCGAAGGCCAGAGGAGGUCCUCCGCGAGUACAAGCUGCCCGACGGCAACAUCGUUCCCAUCGGGGACCAGCUGUACCAGGCACCCGAGGCCCUGUUCUCGCCUGAGCAGCUGGGCAUCCAGAACCCGGGCCUGUCCAAGAUGGUCUCCUGCAGCAUCACCAAAUGUGAUGCUGACAUCCAGAAGACCCUCUACGGGGAGAUUGUGCUGUCCGGCGGCACCACACUCUUCCAGGGGCUGGACGACCGGCUUCUGAGGGAGCUGGAGCAGAUGGCCUCCAAGGGGACCCCCAUCAAGAUCACGGCGCCGCCCGACCGCUGGUUCUCCACGUGGAUCGGUGCCUCCAUUGUCACCUCCCUGAGCAGCUUCAAGCAGAUGUGGGUUACCUCUGCGGACUUCAAGGAGUUUGGGACAUCCGUGGUUCAGAGAAGGUGCUUCUGA